CCCUACCGCACCUGUUCAAUCUCGAAGCCCGUCGAUUACUUUUAAGACCCUCCACCCCACCCCGUUCCCUCAUUUUCUACAAUCCUCCGGUCCUACCGGUCUCACUCUCUCUCCCUGCCUCCUUCUUGCCUGUCGGACAUCUCUCUUUGUCCGGGUCGACCGAACCAUCCUCCCACCGGUCGAGAUUGGAACACACUUGACCUGAAUGCAUCGCAUUUCAGAGCCAUCUUGUGAUCCGGACCAGAAAAAGGACAGUGACUGGGGCUGAAUAGCUGCCUGCACAUACCAUCCCAACCAGUCCCGGAAAGACGGACGUCCAAAUACCCCUGCUUCGCUACCAGCAUAACUAUUAUCGAGGAGGAGGCUGUCACCCUUCCCAUUUUGGCUUCCACCGUCGGCAACGCUAGAACCCACGGGGUCUCCUCUCCAAGUCGGGUCCGCCCCUCUCGGCCUUCACCAUGGCGUGGGAUCAUUUGUCCAUCAACAAACCACAUCUGGUCUAUAUCAUCCUCGGAGGCUUCACUAGCAUAUUCAUGCUAUGCUCGCUCUUCAUCAAGGAGAAAUUGUACAUUGGUGAAGCAACCGUGGCGACGCUCUGUGGUGUCAUAUUUGGCCCGCACGCUGCUGAUCUCAUCGACCCGCGGACAUGGGGCAACGUCGAUCAGAUCACCUUGGAGUUCUCGAGAAUCGUUCUCGUGGUCCAGUGCUUUGCCGUUGGCGUCGAAUUGCCCAAAGCAUACAUGGAACGACAUUGGAAAUCUGUUGUGUUCUUGCUCGUGCCAGUCAUGACUUUUGGCUGGCUUAUCACCAGUCUCUUCAUUUGGUGGAUGAUCGAGCCCCUCAGCUGGCUUGAGUCCCUCGUUUGUGCUGCAUGCGUCACUGCAACCGACCCCGUCCUCGCUUCCUCUGUCGUUGGCAAAGGUAAAUUCGCCAAACGAGUACCUAAGCAUCUAAGAGAUCUCCUGUCCGCCGAAUCCGGUUGCAACGAUGGCAUGGCUUUUCCCUUUAUCUAUCUCUCGCUCUAUCUGCUGAGAUACGAUCUUUCAGGCAGAGAGGUCGUCUUCCAUUGGAUUUGCUUCACUAUUUUGUAUGAAUGUAUAUUUGGAGCGAUAUACGGCGUUAUCAUUGGUUACCUCGGCCGACACGCCAUCAAAUUUGCCGAACGCAAGGGCUUGAUUGAUCGGGAAAGCUUCUUGGUGUUUUACUUCGUCCUGGCUUUGUUUUGUGCCGGCUCUGGCAGCUUGCUGGGCAUGGAUGAUCUGCUGAUCGGCUUCGCCGCUGGAGUGGGUUUCUCCAACGAUGGCUGGUUCACUGAAAAGACGGAAGAGUCUCACGUCUCCAACGUCAUUGACCUCCUCAUCAAUUUGGCUUACUUUGUCUACUUCGGUACCAUCAUCCCCUGGGAGCAGUAUAACUCCCCGGCACACGGCAUGGUCCCUUGGCGGUUGGUGGUUAUUGCCCUGUUUGUCCUCCUCUUUCGUCGGAUUCCCAUCAUGUUGGCCCUGAAGCCUUUCAUUCCAGAUGUGAAAACUUGGCGCGAAGCACUCUUCGCUGGUCACUUUGGACCCAUCGGUGUCGGCGCCAUAUUUGUCGCCAUCCUCGCUCGUGCAGAGUUGGAGUCGGAUUCUACCGAACCCUUGGCUGUGCUCCCAGAGCCUGGCUCAAAAGACUAUGAUUUGAUAUACUUGGUCUGGCCAAUCACCACAUUCCUCGUUAUCACAUCCAUCCUUGUUCAUGGAUCCUCAAUUGCUGUCUUCACCCUGGGGAAACGAAUCAACACCUUGACUAUCACUCUUUCAUACACACAGGGCAACGAGAAGGGCCCAGCAUGGAUGAAUAGACUGCCCAGGAUACAGUCGAGAUCCUUGUCACGCAUGUCGAGCUUCGAUGUUGAGACUGAAAAGCUCGACAUUCCACCAGGUGAACUGCCCCCUGUCGGACUUCCCCAACUUCACCUUCGCCGUCAGCGCGAGGAUGAAUACGAAAAGACGCCGGGAGCACGAUCCUCGAGUAUAGGAAAGUCACGCAGGCGCAAACGACGAGGUAAGAACUCGGACGAUAGAAUCGGUGGGCCCAUCAGCCAGAGUGCCAUUGCGCCAGUCAAAAGACUCGAAUCUCAGCAGGAAUUAGGUUCCGAUACAGCGUUGGACAAGUUGGCAGAUCCUUCGCCAGAAACCCAGCAAAGUGAAAUAACUGCCGAGUCGUCAAGAUCGUCGCCAGGACCAGAUGACAGGGACUUCGAAACACCCAAGAAGACCCGCCGACGAUCAGGUGCACAAUCCCGAUCUCGUUCUCCCACCCGUUCUGUUGAGAUUGAAGCAUAUCAGGAGGGUGAUGAGCUCGUCAUCGAGGAUGAAGAAGGGAACGUGCUCGAAACUGUCAAUACUUCUGGAAUGACCGAUGAGCAAAAGGCUCAGACCAUUGAGAAUGCUAGAGAAAAAUUGAGGAACGACACUACUGGACAAUUCACCAAGCACAAACACGAGCCUCACCCCAAAGAUGAAGGUGACGAGGCUGAGGCGACCCUCGAAGAAGCCGUGGAGCACCCUCAGAAGACUCUGAAACAAAGGUUCGAUGGCUGGAAAGGGUUCGGCAAGCGCAAAGACGACGGACCGGAGAGCAGCGGUCAAGCUCGUCCAGAGAGAAGACGAGGUCCUGCUCACGCAUAUCAGUUUGGCAAUACGGUGAUUGUCGAGGAUGAGGACGGAGAGGUAAUUAAAACAUAUACUCUACCGAGCGAACCUGGGAACGAUCGCAAGCGUGGCGAACAAUAUUUACGCCGUAUGAGUACUUGGGUUGGACUGGGUCGUCAAACGGCAGGCGAGGACGCGAACGACUCUGCCGCGGUGGACGCAGGUGGCGUGCCUACCAAGGACUCUGAUACCGAUCAGCAGCCCAAGAUCAAGGCUGGUCGCCGUUCGGAUGAGGAUGAAUCUGAUGAUGGCUUACGAAUGAUAAUUUCUCAGAGCGAGCAGUACGGUCUUACCGGGUUGCACAAGAAAACUCGGGACCAUCCCGGAACAGUUGCACUAGGUUCAGGUCGCAGACUCUCGACUCGGGACUUCAUCAAGCAAAUGCAGCAACUGGAUCCCAAGAGCAAAAUCCAGGCAAUCGAGGACAGCGAUGCCCCCGAGAUCAUGAAGAGAGAAAUGCGCAAAGCCACUCAAUCUAACGUUCCUUCAACGCCGGCCGAGCGCCCAGGUGGCCGUCGUACUGAGACGAAUACGGACGUGCGUUUUCAAACACGACGUUCAAGUGUCGGGCAAAGACAGAAGAACGACAACGGUGUGGAACCAAAGGAAGAUUACUUUACUUCCCACACUCGCCCCCAUCCCGCUCGACUCACAAGCACCAACACGGACGGCACUCUGGAGGAGGAGUCCGACGAAGAUUUCGAGGAAGAGGUACCUACUCAUAAUGUGCGCUCAAGCCUAGUGAAGCAUGGCCAAGGCCGGACUGCAGCAGAUUUGCGACGACGUAAAUUGGCAACGAUUCCUUCGAACGAGGAAGACGGUGGUGAUCAAGGCGAAUCCGCGGUCGAAAAGAAAAGGCGCCUGGCUGCUCUUGGUCAAGGCAAUAAUUCGAGCAGUGACAGUGAAGGCGAGGAGGACGCGCCUCGCAAUACUGGCGCUGCCGUUCCAGAGCCAGAACGCAAUCCUCCGGGCCAACCAAAAGCGCGCAUUCAAUGGGGUGGUGAGAGUGGUCGCGAGAAGAAGCAGGAGGAGGAGGUUGGAAAGGACAAGGAGACGGUUGAGGAAGACAUUUAUGCUGGUGAUCCAAUUGUGAGUGCGGCGCGCAAGUUGCGAGGCAUGAUCAAGAAUCGAUCCCAGCCUAAGCGAUCCUGAGGAUGAAGAAGAAUAAUAUCAACGGUUGAACGAGAUUUUGAUUGACGUUCUGGGAAACUUUGGAAUACAGCAAGCCUUGUUUGGGUUGGUGGGAACGUGUUUGCCCAUGUAUAGUGCUGGUGGCCCAUCUCGGGUUUUAUUCCACCUAUAAAGAAUUUGGCAUACCGAUUGAGCAUGAUUAGAUAGACAUACAUCAAUAGUUUUCAUCUCACUUGGACUUGAG